UCCAGGUACUGAUGUCACCACAGAGCUUGACACCUGGAUUGACAAAUUCUGCCUGGAUGCCGAUGUUUUCGUUUUGGUUGCUAAUUCAGAGUCAACCCUCAUGAAUACAGAGAAACAGUUUUUCCACAAAGUGAACGAAAAACUUUCUAAACCAAACAUCUUCAUCCUGAACAACCGCUGGGAUGCCUCUGCAUCAGAACCUGAAUACAUGGAAGAUGUACGCAAACAGCACAUGGAGCGUUGCCUAACUUUCUUGGCGGAUGAGCUCAGGGUUGUGGACCGUUCUGAAGCCCAAAAUCGAAUUUUCUUUGUUUCAGCCAAGGAGGUUCUCAGUGCAAGGAAACACAAAGCUCAGGGCAUGCCUGAGGGAGGUGGUGCAAUCGCCGAGGGAUUUCAGACACGGUUCCAGGAAUUCCAGCACUUUGAAAAAAUAUUUGAGGAGUGUAUCUCGCAGUCAGCUGUGAAAACCAAGUUUGAGCAGCACACUAUCAGAGCUAAACAGAUCCUUGAGACUGUGAAAAACAUUAUGGACAGCGUAAAUGUGGCAGCAGCCCAUCAAAG